AUGGACGUGGACGUGGACGUGGACGUGGACAUGGUCGUGGACAUGGACAUGAGCAUGGACAUGGACGUGGACGUGGACGUGGUCGUGGACGUGAACGUGGACGUGAACGUGGACGUGGUCGUGGACGUGGACGUGGACGUGGACCUGGACGUGGACGUGGACGUGGACGUGGAGGUGGACAUGGACGUGGACGUGGACGUGGACGUGGACGCGGACGUUGACGUGGACGCGGACAUGGAUGUGGACAUGGACAUGGACGUGGACGUGGACGUGGAUGUGGACGUGGACGUGGACGUGGACGCGGACAUGGAUGUGGACGUGGACAUGGACGUGGACGUGGACGUGGACGUGGACGUGGACGUGGACGUAGACGUGGACGUGGACGUGGACGUGGACAUGGACAUGGACGUGGACGUGGACGUAGACAUGGACGUGGACGUGGACGUGGAAGUGGACGUGGACGUCGACGUGGACGUGGACGUGGAGGACUUGGACGUGGAUGUGGACGUGGAUGUGGACGUGGACGUGGACGACUUGGACGUGGACAUGGACGUGAACAUAGACGUGGACAUAGACGUGGACGUGGACGUAGACAUGGACGUAGACGUGGACGUGGACGUAGACGUGGACAUGGACGUGGACGUAGACGUGGACGUGGACGUAGACGUGGACGUGGACGUGGACGUGGUCGUGGACUUGGACGUGGACGUGGACGUGGACAUGAAGGUGGACGUGGACGUGGACAUGGACGUGGACGUGGAUGUGGACGUGGACAUGGACGUGGACGUGGACGUGGACGUGGACAUGGUCCUGGACGUGGACAUGGACGUGGACGUGGACAUGGACGUGGACGUGGACGUGGACGUGGACGUGGACAUGGACAUGGACGUGGACGUGGCGUGGACGUGGACAUGGAUGAACAUGGACGUGGACGUGGACGUCGACGUGGACAUGGACGUGGACGUGGACAUGGACGUGGACGUGGACGUGGACGUGGACGAAGACCUGGUCGUGGAUGUGGACGUGGACGUGGACGUGGACAUGGACGUGGACGUGGAUGUGGACUUGGACGUGGACGUGGACGUGGACAUGGACGUGGACGUGAACGUGGACGUGGACGUGGACAUGGACAUGGACGUGGACGUGGACGUGGACAUGGUCGUGGACAUGGACGUGAACGUGGACAUAGACGUGGACGUGGACAUGGACGUGGACGAGGUCGUGGACUUGGACGUGGACGUGGACGUGGACAUGGUCGUGGACGUGGACGUGGACGUGGACAUGGACGUGGACGUGGACGUGGACGUGGACAUGGACGUGGACGUGGACGUGGACAUGGUCGUGGACGUGGACAUGGACGUGAACGUGGACAUGGAUGUGGACGUGGACGUGGACAUGGACGUGGACGUUGACGUGACGUGGACGUGGACAUGGACGUGGACGUGGACGUAG